GAAGUACGACCUGCAGCUGACUUUGGUCACCUAUGUCAUCGCAAUCAGCUAUGCAUGGCCUUUAGCCCUAGCUGUUCUUGAGGAGUUCCGGCAUUCGAGGCUACAGCAAGACAUCCAGGACAUCAACGCUUACAAUGCAGCCAUUAGCGCUUGCAACAAAGGUGAAGAAUGGCAAAGGGCUUUGCAGCUCCUGUCCGGCUUGCCUCAAGCGCAGUUGUUGCCAGAUGUGGUGACGUUCAACACGGCUUCGAGUGCCUGUGGCAAAGUCUCCGAAUGGCAAAGGAGCUUGACAUUACUUCAACAGAUGCAGGUUGAGGGUGAGGGUGGCGGGGCAUGGCGGGGCCAUGGUCCAGCGUGCACAACGUGGUGGACAAGUCCUCAAGAGGACUUGCAGCUGGAAGCCACGGUGAUCAGCUUUGGUGCAGCCCUGUCAGCUGCCGAGAAGGGUCAGCAGUGGCCCCUGGCACUACAACUGCUUUCAGAGAUGAAGGAUGGUUUGGUUGCUGGGAACGUUCGGGGCGAGCUGGAUGUGAUCUUGUUGGGUGCGGUGGUCAGUGCUUGCGGCAACAGUGGGCAGUGGCAGCAUGCGCUGGCACUGCUGUCCGAGAUGCAGCACGAUGGAAUUCAAGGCAACAUCAUUACCUACAACAGCGCCCUGAGCGCCCUCGAGAAAGCGGGGCAAUGGCGGUCGGCCAUGAGGUGGCUGUUCGAGGUCUCAAGGGAAGAGUCGCUGCAGUUAGAUGUGAUUAGCUACAGCGCAGCCAUCAGUGCAUGUGAAAAGGGAAACCGUUGGAAAGAGGCUAUGUUUAUCCUCUCCCAGCUGCAGAGGAGCCGCUCCCGGGGAAAUGUGGUCUCCUACAACGCAGCAAUCAGUGCAUGUCAGAAGAAAGGUCGAUGGGAAGCGGCCUUGUUUUUGCUGUAUAGCCUGGAGGAUCUUCACCUCAAGGCUGAUGUGAUCAGCUACAGCUCAGCUAUCAGUGCAUGCGAGGACGGUUUCCAGUGGCAGCGAGCCAUGCUGUUGCUCGCGGACAUGCUGAGUCUGCGAAUGGUCACCAACCUCGUCACGUACAACGCCGCGGUGAGCGCUGCCGUGGCCGCGGGCGCGUGGGGGCAGAGUCUGGCGCUGUUGGAAGAGCUGCAGGAGGUGUCCAUCCAAGCCUGCGAAUACACCUGGCAGUGGCCCAUGGCUAUGUCCCGGAACCCGGUGGAUAGCGCCAGUUCUGGAUGGCACCUUCUUGAGGAACUGCACCAAAGCCAGCAGCAGGGGAACAUGAUCACGUACAGCUCAGCUCUGCGUGCUGCCGCGUCGUCCGGUGGCCGCACUGCGCGGCGCUGGCUGGCGGAUGUGCGACGGCAAGCUGUGGCGUUG